CUUCGGGGGAAUUUUGAUGCAGGAGGAAUACUACCAUUUCUGGAUGCUUAUAUCUCAUUUCAAGAUACUUGGGAUUGUGCAUAUAGAAGAUUGUACUUGAAGAGUGUUGGAAGAGACAUUCAAUGUCUUGUUGGGGCAGUUUCGCAAUACGGCUACGCUUGUAUUCGGACCACAUGACUUCACUUGGGUGAUUUGUGACGCCAUGAAGGUCACAGGUAGCGCACGUCUUUUUUCCUCACUCUGACAGAAGACAUCAGGGGUUAUCGUUGGACGAGAUGGAGCCCCGUUGGUUAGGCCGAGGAAACAUGAAUCGUAAGGUUGUAUGAGGUGAGGAUUCCUUUACUCAUCGCUCGGGAACCUCUUUGUUCUUUCUUUGUGAAAAACAUCCUGGUUCAGUCAUAGCGAGAUACUUGAUAGUCGGUGUCUAUUGUGUGGCGCUGUUACUUAGGUCGGUUUUAGUAGCAUCCAUUAACACAGUCAGAUGCAGAAUGAGAUGAGAAAGUGGCUGGCUAAAGCUGGCAUUGGACAAAUGGAAUGGAGGGCCUGGGGGAUCAUGAAGGCACCUCACCUGCGGUUGUGUCACCUUGGGCGGGACAGCGGGCAGACUAGCUCAUAGGUACCUCAGAUCUGUCUUUGAUGGGGGCAGCAACUUAUCACCCUGCAUCUGAUCUUGGCUGUGGAUAUGUGCCGGGCCCUUUUUCCUUCUCGAAGAAUGUAACGAUGGUUUAACCGUACGACUUCUUAUUAGGCAUAUCAACUUACGGCUGCGGUUGAAAUAUCGGUCAGCACGGCAUGAAGUGAUAAGCAGGCCCGAAAUGCCAUCAUGUUUGUUCGGGCUUCGUUACAAAAUUGCUACGCCUGUCCACGUCAGAAGAGCCAGAGCUAGAAUCAGGGUUGUACGUCUUAAUGCGGUCUUGGGUUUGUCUUAUCCAUCCGCGUCUCGCGACUCAUGCGGGUGGACUCUGUUGAGUGGAACGCAUAGUUUUAAGACGCCUUUACUCUUAACAUAUCGAUACCUAGCAUUAUGCAGUGGUACUUUCUACCCGUCUUUCCGGGUACUGUACAUGUUUGCUUCUCUCUGUCUUGUUGAGUUAAAAGGCAGCUGAGCUUCACUGGCUAUGGCGGAUGGAUGGACAAGUGAACACGCGAGCGUCUUCCCCCCCACCCGCCGAUCAACCCCCGACUACAGCGUCUAGAUGACGCCUACGAGCGUAGCAUCACUCUAAGGUACGGAUACUGGCCUAGCUUCCUUUGGUGCAGUUCGCUUUGCUCUGAGGUGCUUGACUGGCCCCUCCAAAGGUUCCAUCUGUAAUCCUCCCGCCUCUCUUCUCCCUAUCUCUUAGUGAUACUACAAACCCUUUCUUUCCCCCAACAUCCUUGUUUUUCGAACCUUCUUGUCUUUUACUUCAUACCUUCACCUUUUUCACUCCUUGGCCUGCUCGAGGUCGUCAACUGCGAGCGUCCAAGUCAUCUAUUACUUGCUUUGUUCCACUCUGCCGCAUAUUGCCUCCGCCAGCCCACCGACAUAGGCGGAUACAGUUAUCUAGGGGGUCCACUUCCAUCAUCAACGCAUCUUAUCUUGUCCGCCAUUUCCUUAUCGGCGCCAACCUCGCAGCUUCACGACAAUUACAACGAGCGCAACAAUCAUGGCUUUUCAUCAGCCGACUCGACAGUCGGUCCAGCGCGUCGUACGGGCUCCUGUUGAUGAGCAAGAGAUCCCCCGAAGAGAGGUGCCAAUUACCCAAGAACGUGAACCAGAACAGUCGCAGACAUGGGUGCUCUUCGCGCCCACUGAUGUGACAACAACAUCAUAUCUCACCGAAACGGACCACUCAUUGAAAACUCCUGGAAGAUCACGAGUGGGAGAUCUGGGCAGCUUGAACUCGGCUGCGAAAUCGGAGGCUGAGUCACGCCAAUCUGCCUCAGCAUUUGGUCUUGAUGAAGAGGAUGAUGCCGAGCUAGAUAGUCUAGAUGGCCACUUGCCCGGCUUUCGUUCAAUAUCUGCAGUGCAGUAUCAGCCACAGGACGAACAGCAGGGAUCUGGGCCAGUGUUUCCCGGCCACGAUGGUCUGGGCUCCUUCCACCUUGACCAGCCCACCUUGGGGGCCGAAGCACAAGAUCACAUCUACCAAUUCGAACGAUUCAAUCCCAGACGGCAGUAUCAACGGAGAGAGAGUUUUGAUCUGCGGCAGCUCGAUGUUGAGCAUGAUCAGGUUCAUGAAGCAGAGAAGCGCCAAAGAAUCGAAGCUUGGCGACUGGAACACAGUCGAGUACUGCUAGGUGAGAUCCAGCGCGAGACAAGGAGGAGACGAUUUUCGCAAGCAUCUAUUCAGAAACGCCCAUCCUCCAAUGUGCCUUCUGUACCGUCGGCCCUUGCCUAUGAUGGAGAAUCAGACAACAUGACAUGGCACGAUGAGGAUGCUAUUGGAACAUCAUCAGAUUCAGAAGGGUUCUUUUCUAAAGUCACCAGAAGAUUCUUGCGAGAUGUAGUUGGAAUGGACGAACGAUCGAUUUCAGUGUUCCUGGGAGAAACGGUACCUGAGGAUGAUGAAGAUCUAUCGUCAACACCCCGCGCCUCUCAAACCUUGGCAUGGGAGUCGCGACAGUUUGCCUCUAGAGAGGAGUGGCAGUUGGACAUGCUGGAGAGGAUGUCAAGGGAGCUUGGUUCACUCGUCAGCCAUAUUUCGCACCAUCCUGGUGCAUUCUCAACCUAUACCCGAGUCCAGCAGAUGCCACUUCCCUACGCUGGCCUUCCAAUCAUCCCAGAGUCAAACUCAUCUCAUUCCGCCACAGACAACAUUCGACCAACAGAACACGAACACGCGUCAUUCCCACAAUUCAAACCAACAAUUCAGACAUCACCACAACCCAUCAACAUUCAUGGCAGAUCUGAACCAUCGGCCGAAGCAACACAAACGUCACGACAAGACACUCCUAUGAGCAACACUUUCACUCAGGAGGAAUGGGAGAAGGAUCUUGAUAUGAAACUGGUGUUCAGAUAUCUACGGUCUCGUUUCAUGCCACGAAGCAGCAAUCCUGCCCCAUCAACACCAGCUCAUCUGGCUACGUCGAAUAGUCAAGACACAGCCGCAAAGCUGGCGCGCGUCCGUCAACACCACCCGCUGGUUUCACGCAUGCGACCUCCCGCCGAACGCCGAACGUUCAAAGCUAUAACGCCCGGAAGUCCAGUGGCAAUUCGGCAUCCGAGUAGUUGCGCGAGUCAGAGCACCAGACGAUCCGCCCGCCGUAGUAGUGUCUCAUCUCGACAUUACUGGGACAUAGGUGGAUCUCUGGGUACAGGCUCUGUAAUCGCGUCUAACGGUCCGAUGGGUAGCUGGGGCGAAGUGUGAUGAUAAUUAUGAUGUAUGUGAAGAUGAAAGUGUGACGGAUGUUGACGCAUGAGCUACGACGGGCGCAUUAUAACGGUCGCAUCAGGAGUAUUAUGAGCAUUUGCCCAGUUACAGCUUAACUACUUGAUGUAAGUUUUAAACGAUGGAAAUCACCGCUAUUGAAAAUUAUUCAAAGAUGAUGGUUGGAGUUUUUCUGGGACAUGAUAGAGUUUUAUUUUUAUGAUUUUACGGACUUGUCCUUGGGUAGGUCCCCAAUACUCACUUCAAACAAAGAAACUAUUCCUUCAUUCUCUAUAGACAAAUUGCUGUCGAUCGUCCUAAUACUAAUUCACUGUGAUUUUAUUUUCUUUG